AUGUUCGACGAAAAAGAGAGCAUAUCGGGCGUGCAGCAGCUCAAGUCUUCGGUCCAGAAAGGCAUCAGGGCACGUCUGCUUGAACUGUACCCACACUUGGACAACUAUAUCGAUCAAGUGCUCCCUAAAAAGGACACGUUCAGAAUUGUGAAAUGUCACGAUCACAUCGAGAUUAUGGUGAACAGCGCUGGAGAGUUGCUGUUUUUCCGUCAGCGGGAGGGACCAUGGAUGCCAACUUUGAAACUCCUUCAUAAAUAUCCAUUCUUCCUGCCGAUGCAGCAGGUCGACAAGGGUGCCAUCCGCUUCGUGCUCAGUGGCGCCAACAUCAUGUGCCCUGGCCUGACGUCUCCUGGCGCUCGGAUGAGCAGCGUGGACAAGGGACAAGUGGUCGCCGUGAUGGCUGAGGGAAAGGAACAUGCUCUGGCUGUCGGGUGUACUGCUCUAUCUACUGAUGACAUAGCCAAAGUAAAUAAGGGCGUGGGCAUCGAAAACUGUCACUAUCUCAAUGAUGGCUUGUGGCAAAUGAAACCAGUGAAGUAA